CAGGAAUGAUGAACAGCCGCGCUCUUUGCCUCUACAUCGCGCUCCUCUACCCGAUUCCCAAAACAUUGACGGAAUACUCAACCAAUACUGACUCCGAGUACGAGUUUGGGGAUUACCGGGGCAAGUGGUGCAUAGACGACCACGGAUUUGUGUAUAGCAUCGGGGAGGUGUACUAUCCCAGUCCAUCUGCUUGUCCGUGCACCUGCACUGAAGACGGACCCGUGUGCAUACGACCAAAGUGUCCUCGCAUUCAUCCUCGAUGUACGCGGAUUAAAUACAAGGCUUGCUGUCCAGUGUGUGAGGCAGUUAGCAAAGUGUGUGUAUAUGGUGGCAAAAUGUACAGAAUACUCGAGGAAUUCAGGGUGAGAUUUAUUUUUUAAAGAAACAUUGAUUAAAAAUAUGAUCUACUUUAAGUGACUUUGUAUACAUUAUCCGAAGUUGAAUCUUGGAAUUUGUUUAUUAUACUCCUUAUGUCAAAGCAGUGUUUUUGUGUGUGUCUAGCCUGAUGGUGGAGAUGGGAACAUUGGUUAUUGAUUUAUCCUCUUGCAUGAGAGAUGUAGUCCUAUUGUCAAGUGUAACCAUAACAGUACUCUCCAUCAACAAGGGCUCAUGUGAGGGGUCAACAGUUGAGAUGGCAUGACCUUUAGCCUGAGGUGACAUUUCAUAUGAUCUCUUUUUAAUUGAAAAGAGUAUUCAGGUAUUACAUUGACGCAUGCUUCAUAUGUUUCUCAAGUAUUAUGCUUCCUUCCAAAUGACAGGAGAACACAAGAGUUUAACUUUUGAGAGAAAGUGACUGUGGUAGAAAAUAUGUCUAAAGGUGUGUCUAACCUGUUGUUUCAGUUGUCACGCUGUGAGAGAUGUCGUUGCGAGCCCAACAGGGAGGUGUACUGUUCCAUCUCUGAUUGUCCUGCACCACACUGUGUCAACCCUACAUAUGAGCCCAUCCACUGCUGUCCUGUCUGCUACACUGGUGAGUUCACCUCUACAAACACACAACUUUCCAACACAUAAAUGGUCUCUACCCUCAGAAAGACACAAUUUCUUGCACACCAGUUUACAUGCUAUAAUGAUAGGAUGGACAUACACACAGAUGUGAUCUGUAUAAUAUGACCUACACAUACAAUGCAAAUAUACAGAAUCCAUAAGCCUGGUCAUAUGUAACUCAAGCAUUUUGCUGCAUCUGCUAUAACAUCUGCUUAACUGUGUAUGACCAAUAAACAUUGAUUUGAUGUCAACCAUCUAUAAUUAGCUUUGACACAGUGUGUGAUAUUGAUUAUAAAGACAGCUGCAGCUCUUACAUAAUAAUGUUUACGAUGGCAGUAGUUGGCUGCUACCCCGAGUUGGAGUCUAAGGUCAUCAAUAUCUUCAAUUCUUCUUUUAUCACUGCUCCACUGCACUAUUACCAUCUGUACUGUAUGUUCAAAAUGCUAUGUGCAUCAUAUUCAUAUCAAGCUCAAUCAUUAGUUAGAAGUCAAGCCAAGGAGUUUUGGAAAUAUUUCAAUUAUUUAGUGACUGAUGUGGGAUCCAAGCAUCCUUAGAACUAAACUAUGGAAUUCAGCAUUGCACAGAUUACAUAACUGAAUUUGGACACUGAAUAAAGAGGGAUGCAAUCAAACAGCUCGAUAGUGCUCUGUCCAACACAGGAAUAGUAACUAACCCCCAGCCUGGUGGGAUAGCGGGGCGAUGUGGGUCAUGGGGCCAUCCAUCCAACAGCAGGCAGUAAAGGAACAGCUUGUGUGUGCGCCGUAUACAGUUCAAUCAAUGAAUCAAUCACAUUUAUUUAUAAAGCCCUUUUUACAUCAACAGUUGUCACAAAGUGCUUAUACAGAAACCCAGCCUAAAACCCCAAAGAGCAAGCAAUGCAGAUGUACACUGAACAAAAAUAUAAACGCAACAUUUAAAGUGUUGGUCCCAUGUUUCAUGAGCUGAAAUAAACGAUCCCAGAAAUGUUCCAUACACAACAUGUAAAGGACAUUGUAUUAUCAUAUUUUGGUACUCCCUGACGAAGGCCAUGCAGCCGAAACGUGUCAGAGUUUUAAAAAACUUUGUUUCCAUUGAACAUGCCAUACAAAUAAAGGCAUUUUAAUUAAUUAUAUGAAGUGUGCCUUGGUCCUCCUUUCUUUUUGAUGACCAAUUUACCCAUGUUACCAAAGAGCACCUUCUGUCUACAAAAAUCUACUAUUGUGAACCUUAGCAGCGCUUCCCUUCCUUCGUUUUUUCUGCAACAUGUAAAGUGUUGGUCCCAUGUUUCAUGAGAUGAAAUAAAAGAUCCCAGUAAUGUUCCAUACGCACAAAAAGCUUAUUUCUCUCCAAUUUUGUGCACAAGUUUGUUUACAUCCCUGUUAGUGAGCAUUUAUACUUUGCCAAGAUAAUUCAUCCAUCUGUGGCAUAUCAAAAAGCUGAUUAAACAACAUGAUCAUUACACAGGUGCAGCUUGUGCUGGGGACAAUAAAAGACCACUCUAAAAUGUGCAGUUUUGUCAAACAACACAAUGCCACAGAUGUCUCAAGUUUUGAGGGAGCGUGCAAUUGGCAUGCUGACUGCAGGAAUGUCCACCAGAGCUGUUGCCAGAGAAUUGAACGUUCAUUUUAUCAAUGGCAAUUUGAAUACACAAAGAUACCUUGACGAAAUCCUGAGGCCCAUUGUCGUACCAUUCAUCUGCCGCCAUCGCCUCAUUUUUCAAAAUUAUAAUGCAUGGCCCCAUGUCGCAAGGAUCUGUACACAAUUCCUGGAAGCUGAAAAUGUCCCAGUUCUUCCAUGGCCUGCAUACUCACUAGACAUGUCACCCAUUGAGCAUGUUUGGGAUGCUCUGGAUCGACGUGUACGGCAGUGUGUUCCAGUUCUCGCCAAUAUCCAGCAACUUCGCACACCCAUUGAAGAGGAGUGGGACAACAUUCCACAGGCCACAAUCAACAGCCUGAUCAACUCUAUGCGAAGGAGAUGUGUCGCGCUGCAUGAGGCAAAUGGUGGUCACACCAGAUACUGACUGGUUUUCUGAUCCAAGCUCUCACCUUUUUUUAAUGUAUCUGUGACCAAUAUAUGCAUAUCUGUAUUCCCAGUCAUGUGUAAUUCAUAGAUUAGGGCCCAAUUAAAUUAUAUUAAAUUGACUGAUUUCCUUAUAUGAACUGUAACUCAGUAAAAUCUUUGAAAUUGUUGCAUGUUGCGUUUAUAUUUUUGUUCGGUUGGCACCCGUCCACUUCUCUUAAAUAAUUCCCUAUUUCUUCUACAUUUACAUUUACAUUUACGUCAUUUAGCAGACACUCUUAUCCAGAGCGACUUACAAAUUGGUGCAUUCACCUUAUAGGCCAUGGUCCUCUGUAGCUCAGCUGGUAGAGCACGGCGCUUGUAACGCUAAGGUAGUGGGUUCGAUCCCCGGGACCACCCAUACACAAAAAAAAAUGUAUGCACGCAUGACUGUAAGUCGCUUUGGAUAAAAUGGCAUAUUGGCAUAAAUGGCAUAUUAUUAUUAUUAUUAUAUUAUUAUAGCCAGUGGGAUAACCACUUUACAAUAUGUUAUUAUUAUGAUUUUUUUAAAUUUGGGGGGGUGGGGUAAGGAGGGGUAGAAGGAUUACUUUAUCCUAUCCCAGGUUUUCCUUAAAGAGGUGGGGUUUCAAGUGUCUCCGGAAGGUGGUGAGUGACUCCGCUGUCCUGGCGUUGUGAGGGAGCUUGUUCCACCAUUGGGGUGCCAGAGCAGCGAACAGUUUUGACUGGGCUGAGCGGGAACUGUGCUUCCGCAGAGGUAGGGGGGCCAGCAGGCCAGAGGCGGAUGAACGCAAUGCCCUCGUUUGGGUGUAGGGACUGACCAGAGCCUGAAGGUACGGAGGUGCCGUUCCCCUCACAGCUCCGUAGGCAAGCACCAUGGUCUUGUAGCAGAUGCGAGCUUCAACUGGAAGCCAGUGGAGUGUGCGGAGGAGCGGGGUGACGUGAGAGAACUUGGGAAGGUUGAACACCAGACGGGCUGCGGCAUUCUGGAUGAGUUGUAGGGGUUUAAUGGCACAGGCAGGGAGCCCAGCCAACAGCGAGUUGCAGUAAUCCAGACGGGAGAUGACAAGUGCCUGGAUUAGGACCUGUGCCGCUUCCUGUGUAAGGCAGGGUCGUACUCUCCAAAUGUUGUAGAGCCUGAACCUACAGGAUCGGGUCACCGCCUUGAUGUUAGCGGAGAACGACAGGGUGUUGUCCAGGGUCACGCCAAGGCUCUUUGCACUCUGGGAGGAGGACACAACGGAGUUGUCAACCGUGAUGGCGAGAUCAUGGAACGGGCAGUCCUUCCCCGGGAGGAAGAGCAGCUCCGUCUUGCCGAGGUUCAGCUUGAGGUGGUGAUCCGUCAUCCACACUGAUAUGUCUGCCAGACAUGCAGAGAUGCGAUUCACCACCUGGUUAUCUGAAGGGGGAAAGGAGAAGAUUAGUUGUGUGUCGUCUGCGUAGCAAUGAUAGGAGAGGCCAUGUGAGGAUAUGACAGAGCCAAGUGACUUGGUGUAUAGCGAGAAUAGAAGAGGGCCUAGAACUGAGCCCUGGGGGACAGCAGUGGUGAGAGCACGUAGUGCGGAGACAGAUUCUCGCCACGCCACUUAGUAGGAGCGACCUGUCAGGUAGGACGCAAUCCAGGAGUAAGCCGCGCCGGAGAUGCCCAACUCGGAGAGGGUGGAGAGGAGGAUCUGAUGGUUCAUAGUAUCAAAGGCAGCAGACAGGUCUAGAAGGACAAGAGCAGAGGAGAGAGAGUUAGCUUUAGCAGUGCGGAGAGCCUCCGUGACACAGAGAAGAGCAGUCUCAGUUGAAUGACCAGUCUUGAAACCUGACUGGUUUGGAUCAAGAAGGUCAUUCUGAGAGAGAUAGCAAGAGAGUUGGCUAAAGUCGGCACGCUCAAGAGUUUUGGAGAGAAAAGAAAGAAGGGAUACUGGUCUGUAGUUGUUGACAUCGGAGGGAUCGAGUGUAGGUUUUUUGAGAAGGAGUGCAACUCUCGCUCUCUUGAAGACGGAAGAGACAUAGCCAGCGGUCAAGGAUGAGUUGAUGAGCGAGGUGAGGUAAGGGAGAAGGUCACCGGAAAUGGUCUGGAGAAGAGAGGAGGGGAUAGGGUCAAGCGGGCAGGUUGUUGGGCGGCCGGCCAUCACAAGUCGCAAGAUUUCAUCUGGAGAGAGAGGGGAGAAAGAAGUCAAAGUGUCAUUUGACUUAACAAACGAGGAUCGGAUGUCGUCAACCUUCUUUUCAAAAUGGUUGACGAAGUCAUCCACAGAGAGGGAGGAAGGGGGGGAGGGGGAGGAGGAUUCAGCAGGGAGGAGAAGGUGGCAAAGAGCUUCCUAGGGUUAGAGGCAGAUGCUUGGAAUUUAGAGUGGUAGAAAGUGGCUUUAGCAGCAGAAACAGAAGAAAAAAAUGUAGAGAGGAGGGAGUGAAAAGAUGCCAAGUCCGCAGGGAGUCUAGUUUUCCUCCAUUUCUGCUCGGCUGCCCGGAGCCCUGUUCUGUGAGCUCGCAAUGAGUCGUCAAGCCACGGAGCAGGAGGGGAGGACCGAGCCGGCCGGGAGGAUAGGGGACAUAGAAAGUCAAAGGAUGCAGAAAGGGAGGAGAGGAGGGUUGAGGAGGCAGAAUCAGGAGAUUGGAGGGAGAAGGAUUGAGCAGAGGGAAGAGAGGAUAGGAUGGAAGAGGAGAGAGUAGCGGGAGAGAGAGAGCGAAGGUUGCGACGGCGCAUUACCAUCUGAGUAGAGGCAGAGUGAGUAGUGUUGGAGGAGAGCGAGAGAGAAAAGGAUACAAAGUAGUGGUCAGAGACAUGGAGGGGAGUUGCAGUGAGAUUAGUAGAAGAACAGCAUCUAGUAAAGAUGAGGUCAAGCGUAUUGCCUGCCUUGUGAGUAUGGGGGGACGGUGAGAGGGUGAGGUCAAAAGAGGAGAGGAGUGGAAAGGAGGCAGCAGAGAGAAAUGAGUCAAAGGUAGACGUAGGGAGGUUAAAGUCACCCAGAACUGUGAGGGGUGAGCCAUCCUCAGGACAGGAACUUAUCAAGGCGUCAAGCUCAUUGAUGAACUCUCCAAGGGAACCUGGAGGGCGAUAAAUGAUAAGGAUGUUAAGCUUGAAUGGGCUAGUGACUGUGACAGCAUGGAAUUCAAAUGAGGAGAUAGACAGAUGGGUCAGGGGAAAAAGAGAGAAUGUCAACUUGGGAGAGAUGAGGAUUCCUGUGCCACCACCCCGCUGACCAGAUGCUCUCUGGGUAUGCAAGAACACAUGGUCAGACGAGGAGAGAGCAGUAGGAGUAGCAGUGUUUUCAGUGGUAAUCCAUGUUUCCGUCAGCGCCAAGAAGUCGAGGGACUGGAGGGUAGUAGGGGUGUAACGAUCCAUCUACUACAUCGAUGUAUCGAUUUAUAUUCCUAUGAUCCAACUACAUCGAUCUGUGCUCGGCGAGUUGGCCUUUUGGACAACAUAUAUCGAUCUAACAUCGUUUUAAAAUGUAAUAAAUCGAUUGUAUCGAUACUAGGAAAUAACCCAUUGGAUUUAAGCACGUCAGACUUUAUAUGGAUGUUUUUUCUUAGCACUUUUAAUGAUAAAGGCUUUAAACAUUACUCGAUUCAGUCUGCCUAUCCGUGACGUCAUCGCGCCAGCAGCAGCGCAAAGGCGCCAAGACAACAAAACAAAGCAUGGCGGACGACAGAGGAGAAGCCGACGAGCGAGAAAUUAUCAAGCCACCAUUGCGGUCCUUACAAGAAACAGGAAUCUAGGAAACUUCACCUGCACUGUCCAGUAUCCAGGUAUUUAUUUCAGUCACACUGGUUGAAUUUUUGGCUAAAAGGUUACUGAAUCGAUUUCAAGUCACUGAAUCGUUUCGGAUCGUAUCGUUCUAAAUGAACCAAUAUUGUAUUAUUGAAUCGUAUCGACAACCACGAAUCGUGAUACAAAUCGAAUCGUUGUUAAAACGAAUCGUUACACCCCUAGAGGGUAGCAUAGGCUGAGAUAAUACAGUGGGGGAAAAAAGUAUUUAGUCAGCCACCAAUUGUGCAAGUUCUCCCACUUAAAAAGAUGAGAGAGGCCUGUAAUUUUCAUCAUAGGUACACGUCAACUAUGACAGACAAAUUGAGGAAAAAAAAUCCAGAAAAUCACAUUGUAGGAUUUUUAAUGAAUUUAUUUGCAAAUUAUGGUGGAAAAUAAGUAUUUGGUCACCUACAAACAAGCAAGAUUUCUGGCUCUCACAGACCUGUAACUUCUUCUUUAAGAGGCUCUUCUGUCCUCCACUCGUUACCUGUAUUAAUGGCACCUGUUUGAACUUGUUAUCAGUAUAAAAGAUACCUGUCCACAACCUCAAACAGUCACACUCCAAACUCCACUAUGGCCAAGACCAAAGAGCUGUCAAAGGACACCAGAAACAAAAUUGUAGACCUGCACCAGGCUGGGAAGACUGAAUCUGCAAUAGCAAGAUUGGUUUGAAGAAAUCAACUGUGGGAGCAAUUAUUAGGAAAUGGAAGACAUACAAGACCACUGAUAAUCUCCCUCGAUCUGGGGCUCCACGCAAGAUCUCACCCUGUGGGGUCAAAAUGAUCACAAGAACGGUGAGCAAAAAUCCCAGAACCACACGGGGGGACCUAGUGAAUGACCUGCAGAGAGCUGGGACCAAAGUAACAAAGCCUACCAUCAGUAACACACUACGCCGCCAGGGACUCAAAUCCUGCAGUGUCAGACGUGUCCCCCUGCUUAAGCCAGUACAUGUCCAGGCCCGUCUGAAGUUUGCUAGAGUGCAUUUGGAUGACCCAGAAGAGGAUUGGGAGAAUGUCAUAUGGUCAGAUGAAACCAAAAUAGAACUUUUUGGUAAAAACUCAACUCGUCGUGUUUGGAGGACAAAGAAUGCUGAGUUGCAUCCAAAGAACACCAUACCUACUGUGAAGCAUGGGGGUGGAAACAUCAUGCUUUGGGGCUGUUUUUCUGCAAAGGGACCAGGACGACUGAUCCGUGUAAAGGAAAGAAUGAAUGGGGCCAUGUAUCGUGAGAUUUUGAGUGAAAACCUCCUUCCAUCAGCAAGGGCAUUGAAGAUGAAACGUGGCUGGGUCUUUCAGCAUGACAAUGAUCCCAAACACACCGCCCGGGCAACGAAGGAGUGGCUUCGUAAGAAGCAUUUCAAGGUCCUGGAGUGGCCUAGCCAGUCUCCAGAUCUCAACCCCAUAGAAAAUCUUUGGAGGGAGUUGAAAGUCCGUGUUGCCCAGCGACAGCCCCAAAACAUCACUGCUCUAGAGGAGAUCUGCAUGGAGGAAUGGGCCAAAAUACCAGCAACAGUGUGUGAAAACCUUGUGAAGACUUACAGAAAACGUUUGACCUGUGUCAUUGCCAACAAAGGGUAUAUAACAAAGUAUUGAGAAACUUUUGUUAUUGACCAAAUACUUAUUUUCCACCAUAAUUUGCAAAUAAAUUCAUUAAAAAUCCUACAAUGUGAUUUUCUGGAAAAAUAAUUCUCAUUUUGUCAGUCAUAGUUGACGUGUACCUAUGAUGAAAAUUACAGGCCUCUCUCAUCUUUUUAAGUGGGAGAACUUGCACAAUUGGUGGCUGACUAAAUACUUUUUUCCCCCACUGUAUAUAAUUGGAUUUGGAUUUUCAACAUUGAAGAAGCAAUUUUGUUUUUUGAAACUUAAGUUUACAAUUUUAAUUUAGAAAAGAAAAACAAAUGGCAUGGACUCAAUUAUUAGCACCCAAGAGCUAAUAUUUGGUUGCACAGCCUUUGGCCAAGAUACAAUAACUGCUGACAAAUGCUUCUUGUAGUCUUCAAUUAGCUCCUUUCUACUGGAAGUUUGGCCCACUCUUCAGCUGCAAAAUGCUCCAAUUCUGCAAUGUUUGAGGGGUGCCUUCCACCAACUGCUGUUUUCAGAUCUCGCCAUAUGUUUUAGAUGGGAAUCAGAUCUGGACUCAAUGCUGGCCACUCCAGAACAGUCUAGUGUUUCUUCUUGAACCAUUCCUGGGUGCUUUUUGAUGCGUGUUUGGGUUUGUUUUCCUGCUGGAAGACCUACAACCUUCGAUGGAGACCCAGUUUUUGUACACUGGGUUGAACAUUGGACUACAAAAUACCUUGAUAGUCUGCUGAUUUCAUGAGUUUAAGCCCCCCAGUACCAGAGGCAGCAAAGCAAUCCCACAGCAUUAUUGAAACUCCCCCAUGUUUGAUUGUAGGGAUUGUUUGGUCGUCGGUAAACAUAGCGCUGAUUUCUAUUGCCAAAGAGCUCUAAUUUUGUUUAAUUGGUCCAUAGAACAUUUCCCCCCAGGAUUUAGGCUUGUUUAGGUGGGUUUUUGCGAAGUUCAAUAGGGGUUUCUUGUGUAGGGAAUUAUUUAAGAAAAGUGCAAGGGUGCCAAUUUAUUUGGCCACAACUGUAUGUCUGCCUUUAUGGAUGUGUAAGUAACUCUACAAAGUAUAGCAUAUUGGUGCUGCAAAUGGAUGACAGUGGGAUGGUUUCAAUAAGACUACAGAAGUUUCUUAUUGCAAUGCUGAUAAAGAGCACAUUAGGUACACAAUUAACUGUCAAAAACAUAUGCAAUUCACAUUUAUGUUGACAUACAUCUGAUAUAUUUAUUUUUCUGCAUCCUGCCUACAGGGCCCAACUGUUUUGUGGGCGACAGAGUGAUCUCGGCAGGGGAGCGGGUAGAGAUAGACGAGCAGACCGUGUGUUACUGCACCUACCGGGACGGCACCUGGCAGAUGCAACCCCAUGCCACCUGCGAGCAGCGCCCGCUGCCAGACCCCGAUCUCAACCAUGUCCCCAACCCCAGCCCCUCUGAGCCCCCCGGGGAAGACGAGACCAAGCAGAUGGACAGGGACUUCCGCCCCAGGCUGGACUGGAUCCCGUGA